UUUUUAAGCUUUGCAGUUCAAAACAAAUGCUUCGUCGAACAUCAUCCGGACUUUUCCGCCGAACCUCCAUCCGUCUCAGCGGAGGCGAGCUCUAUCAUCCGAAAAAGUUAGAGGAGCUUCCUCUUCCGAACACCACAAAGGGGUUCUUUUCCACCUACAACGGAAAGCUGCAGAUAUUUCGCUUUUUGGAUAUAAAAUGGCUGAUGAAUCGCUCUGUGCAGUUGGAGCGUGAGUACUAUAUCGCGGCACCAACGUUUUUCUUCUUCUUGUGGAUGUUCUCCUGGAAGGGUUUUCAAAUCGUGAAAUACGGCGACGGCGCACCGCCACGUUGUGUGGAUUGGAAUACGAAAGAAACCGGAUAUCUUCCCGAGGGGUUUACGCCCACAAAGGUGGUCAAACGGGUUUAAGGAGAAGCUGAGGAUUGCGAAGGGAUGAAAGGAAAAGAGUAAGCAAGGAAAACUAGCUUAAUUCUUUUCCCGAUGGAAACUAUUAGGAACAAACGAAGCAGGCGAUCAACAUAGGCAUAUAUCAACUCUUGUAGUCUUACAUACUAACGAAAACUGAUUAGACAUUUGGAGAGGGAAAAACAAAUAUUUUGUAGCAUAGUAUGAGCGUACGUGUUGAAAGUGCACAACUUCAACUUUUUCCGUCUGCCUAAUUACGUUUCUUUGUCCAUGGUUACAAUAUGGAAAAUGGUACUUAAUGAAAAGGAGAAAAAAUGCAAUUAAAAAUGUAACAGUGGUGAAAAUUGAUGCAAACUUUAUUUUGCAGUUUUCUAUGAAAAUUUGGGAUCUUUUCUAUUUACUAUCGAGGUUGAGGCGGGAAGGAGAUGAAAAGUUGAAGCCGAUUUUUUUUUGCCUCUUAGACAAGAAACAAAUGUAACUAAAAAUUAAAUUAUCCAUGCGUCUGAGAUAAAUAUGAGUGCAGAUGCAUUAUUUCCUCUUCUACAAACCUUUCCUUCCCUUAAUAUCUUUUAGUUAUCAAAUAUGCAAUUAUAGUCUAAAUGUGGAUUCAUUGAAAGAGACCCUCAUCUCUAUUGAGUUUACAUGGGAUACCAAAGCGCCCGAUUUCUUGACAGGUGGAUACCCAAGAUUAAGGCCUCGCUCUACAACAAGGCUCAUGGGAUAAGACGAGGAGGAAGGUUGCUAAAUUCAAUUUUCAACUCAAUAAAAAGAAGAAGUGUGAUGCAGUAAAUUGCGAACCAAGAAACGAGGGAGGGAAAGCCUUUUCAGUGUGGAUUGUUUGAGCUAUCCACUUGCCCACGGAGUCGCACGAUUUGAACGGUGAAGGACCUUUCCAAAAGCGGCAGAAGUUGAGGAGGGAUAUGCUGGGGAGACUCCGCUGCUCAAACGAGUAUUCGUUCGCAUUGUGGUCUCCUUUUAUUUUGUGUACAAUGACCCAAGUUGAAAGGGGGGAAGGGGGAGCGGGCGGUACUCUUAACUUCUUAUUAUUAAACCUUCGGUUGAGGUGAUAGGCUGGUAUCGGAGGGGGGUUCAUUUUCGGGAGUUUCGCAUCAAGGGAUUAUUUGAGGUCGGGUGAUCGUAAUAACAAACACCCUGCUCAUGUAGGCAAUCGUUUUUCAAAGAAAUCAGUGAUAGCUGCUCUACGCGAAGUGUCGAGGUACGACGUUUAUGAUGCUAGAGAUGAUAGGUCUAAGAACAAUACUGAGAGCUUUCUAAUCUCAUGUCUGAAAUACACAUAUCAGGAAUGUAUAUAUAUAAAUAAAUAUAUAUACGAAUGAUUAUCAUAGACGCACAAGAUGUUAAUCAUAUGCAGUAUAGAACGAAUAAGGACUCAAGCCUAUGCUUUACUAUGGAUUCAUUUUUGUUAGAUGUAGACUGUACGUCCUGACAUCGUUUCGCCUAGAAAUUUUGCCAACGCAGCAGAUUUCUUCGAAGCGCG